AACACCUCUCUCAUUGCACCCACCACCACCACCACCACCAAAACACCCCCAUACGGUCAUACCUCCAAACACCUCCCUCCCCGCCGAUUUUCCUUCCGUCAGUAUUUUAGACAUACUGGAAAAUCUCUAACAUGGUUCGUCAUCUGCAUGCAAGCGCCGAUUCCGACUCGGACUCGUCGAUGCACCUGAAGUCCAAAACUCGUAUGCUGGUCUCCAUCUCGGCACUCCUUGCCAUCGGCCGCCGCCUCUCGGGGAAGCUGAAAGCCACCAACUCCAAGCUGAUAAAAAACAACAACCACUCGGAUGUCUUGCCGAAUAAGUCGCCGAUGAUGAGAAAGCCGAAGCAGCUGAUGUCGACCAUAAGCAACAAGGCCAUCACCUUCCUGCACCUGAAAAAGAUCGGCGAGGAAUCGGAUGGUAAGGCCCACGCCGCGGAGGAGGAGGAGUGGGGGGACGGUGGGGUAUGGCAGAGGUCGAUCCUGAUGGGGGAUAAGUGCGAGCCGUUGGAUUUCUCGGGCGCCAUUUACUACGAUAGUAACGGGAAGAAACUUAACGGAGCUCCCCUCCGGUCCCCACGUGCAACUCCGAUGCCGGGGUACCUCGAAAGGGUCAACCGAAACUGACGGCGCUGAUGAAUUUCAAGUGUUUCGUCGGAGAAAGCGAAAUGCUUUCCGGCGUUAAUUUGUCUGUUUUUUUAAUAUUUUUUUUUUUGUAUAAUUUUGGUUUUGUUUUCGUGGUUUGCAACUGUUGUGUCGUGACGUGUCACGCAUGUGAAUUCUUAUUGGUGGGCGCAUGUAUGGGUUUUUAGGGCCACAGUCAACGUACGACGUCGUUGGCGUCGGAAGUAGGUAGUCGAACUUCCUCCCCCCCGUGUGUUUAGGGGCGGAGUCUUGUGUACAUAUUGAGCACAAGUGGAUUUUGCAACCACUUAAAUUUAUGGGUGAAUUUAAAUUUUAAUAAAAAAAGGCUCGUGGGUUUUUAGUUGUUAA